AUGCGUCUACUUUGCCACACUUUCGAUCGACAGUUAGACUGUGUAAAAUGGUUAUAUGAGCAAAAUGUCGAUGUUAAUUGUAUGAAACGAGAAGAUUGGACAUCAGAAAUGAUUGCAGCAAUGAAAGGAAGACUUGAUAUUGUAAAAGUUCUUGUCAAUCAUGGCACCAAUGUAAAUUUUCAAAAUAAAGACUGGUGGAAAUAG